UAUCCUACUUGAAACUGUUUUUACCUCUGUCACCUUAUGUUGCGUUUAUAUUUUUGAUCCGUGUAUUAUACGUCUCUUUGAAGCCAACUGUUAAGAAUAGCUUUGGCUUUCAAUAAAUUGUUUUCAUGAUUUGAUAUGCAACUGUACUUUUUUAAUGGAUAUCUUUUUUUACUGUACUGUUUUUGACUCGACUCUCACUAAAAUUAGGCACCAGGCGUGUCCGUAUAGCCUUUCCCUGCACACUCACGUCUUCCUGCUUCGAAAGCGUUUGCGGACGGAGUGCUAGGACCAUGGCGGCAGUGCGCAGUCUACGGGUGUCGGUAAAGCCAGACAUUGGGCCAGACCACUCAGAAUCGGACUCCGAUUCAGACUCGGACCGAGGUGCCCGUGAAUCUGAACCGAUGGAGGUGGAGGAGGGUGAACUCGAGGUGGAAAACAUCCCCGUUAACCGGUCUUUGAAGGAAUUGUUGCCGGACACAAGUCGGCGGUAUGAGAACAAAGCUGGCACAUUCAUCACUGGAAUCGAUGUCACAUCAAAGGAGGCGAUUGAGAGGAAGGAGAAGAGAGCGGAAAGGUUCCACUUCCGUGCAGAGGCCAACCUGGCCCAGAAGAAUGUGGUGUUGGACAGAGACACCAUGAAGAAAGCCAUCCCUAACUUGCGUCUGGAGGCGUUGCACGUGGCGGGUGUUGAUGAUAUGAGCACCCAGGAUGUGUUUGGCUACUUUAAGGAGUACCCUCCAGCACACAUCGAGUGGAUUGACGACACCUCCUGUAAUGUGGUGUGGCUGGAUGAUGUCACUUCCACCCGGGCUCUGAUCAACAUCAGCCGCAUGCCUGACCCAGAGGUGGUUACCACGGAGACAGACUGCACCAAAGAACCUGGUGAUCCCACCCAGGAGAGCAAGGCUCGCAGAGAACGAGGCUCGGAUGACGAUGAUGGAGAGGUGGAUGAGGAGGAGAAAGAGAUGGUGAAGGAGAAUGAGGGGAAAGCCUGCGAGGGAGAGACGGAGAAGAAAACAGAACCUGAGACCACCCAGGUGGACCUGCUGUCUCAGGCAGAGAGUGAGUCUCUGCUCCGGAACGACCUACGACCGGCCAUCAAACCCUUCAAGGGCAACAAACUCUUCCUGAGGUUGGCCACUCACGGUGAUAAGAAGGAGCUGGGUGCUGCGAGGAAGAGCAGAUAUUACAUGAAGUACGGCAACCCGAACUACGGAGGCAUGAGGGGCAUCCUCAGCAACUCUUGGAAGAGACGGUAUCACACACGCAGAAUCGUGAGCAAGAGCAAGAAACCCCUGAUAGGGGACAGCAUGGGGGACACAUCACCCUACACACACAGACACUCUGCUGACCUGGUCAACCUACCAGAAGAACCAAUAGAGGAAGAGGAGGAGGAGGAUGAGGAAGAGGAGGACAUGGACUCAGACGACAGGGUGGUGGAGUACAAAGAGAAGGAGAAGAGGGAGAGGGGGGGAGGUCCAGGGGUGGCCCUGCGGAGUCGUUUGGGCAGGCCCUCCUCUUCCCCCUCUGUCUCGUCAGACUCAGACGAAAUGGACUAUGACCUGGAGCUCAAGAUGAUCUCAACCCCCUCUCCCAAGAAGAGCAUGAAGAUGACCAUGUACGCAGACGAGGUCGAGACCAACCUCAAGACUAUACGACACUCUUCUGUUCGCAGUGACAGCGGCUUGGGGGGUAGUGGCGUCCGGAACAGGAUUGGUGGAGGAGGAGGAAGUGGAGGAUCGGUGGGCGGGACCAAAAGCAGUGCAGUGGAGAAAGUGAUGGAUGUGAGGCAGCUAUUGGAGGAAAAAAGACAGAGCCUAACCCAGCAUAGACAGCACACCCCUGUGGCCAGUAGUGGAAAGACAGAUGUGAGGCAGAGGUUAGGGAAGAGACCCUACUCUCCUGAGAGACGACACUCCGCCUCCCCUGUCACCUCCCGAGACUCACCCCCUCCCCGAGAGCCAAUCACAGACGUCCACAGCCGACUGGGCAUGGCCAAACUAGACUCCCGCGGCCUCUAUUCUGAUUCGUCCAAAGACAGGAAAUCAAGUCGUCUGUGGAGCAGGCUCGGCCCCUCCUCCCAUAAGGGUGGUGUUCCCGAGCGGAAGCCUUCCAGUCGCCGUGCGGGUUCGGGAUCAGCCAGCUCCAGGUUGGGGGGGCGGGAAGGAGAAGAGGAAAAUGAGGAGGAGGAGGAGGACGACUCUGCACUGCAGAAGGUGUGGGGGGCCUUGAUCAAACAGAAGGAACGGCAGACCCACAAGAUGAAGAAGAGUCGGCUUGAUAACCUGCCCUCGCUACAGAUUGAGAUCAGCCGGGAGAGCAGUAACGGAUCUGACUCAGACUCCUGAGACCGAGAGGGAGAAAGAAAGAGCGGGAGAUGUGUGGAUUUGGUCAUGCCUUCAUUUAGAGCAGAAAGGUGAUCAUCCACCCUCGCCCUCCUCUUGAGUUACCUCUCAGUGUCUGGAGGACUCUUGAUCCUUGGGCCCCUGUCGCUGUAGCCUGAUCCAUCGUACAAGCAUAAAAGAAAAGACUUUAUAAAGAGAAAUGAGAAAAUAAACUGGACAGAAUUUUUGAAAGACUGAGACGUUCUGUUUCAGGACAGGAGGCCAUUUUGUUUUUGUAUUACAUUAUCUCUGCAGCCCAUGGGACUGUUGUUCUGAUCAAACCUGUUCCCAUGACAUUUCAUCCUCUGAUAGCCUACCUACAUGUCAAGUCAUGUCCAAUCAUUAAUGAGCAAUAUAAAUGUCUCUAUAACCUCCUGUAAAGUCGACUACAGAAGAACUGUGACAGAGUAAGAGGCAGAUACUGAGCUUGCUCCCUCUGUUUCUCUGUGUGUGGAACCAGACACUGUAUCGUAUGUGGUAUCUGUGUGAGUGACUAUGAACAACAAAUAUAUGGUUUGUGGCAUUUUUUUUUUCCUUCCAAAGGCUGGGGCCAUAGAGAAGACUACACCAGAUGAAUUGGUUCUCUACUGAAAGGUUUUGUACUUUGACUGUUGGUAUUAUGUGCAAAUGGCCAAUGUUGAUAAUAUUAUGUUAUUCAAGGCGGACGAGGUGCGUGCCAAAUGGAACCCUAUUCCGUAUGUAGUACACUACUUUUGAUCAGGGCCCAUAAGGCCCUGGUCAAAAGUAAUGCACUAUGUAGGGAAUAGGGUGCCAUUUGGUAUGUACACCUACAUUCCCAGAUGGAAAACAAAUAGAUUUAAGGUGUCAGCAGAAAUAAAGAGAUCUGUCUUGUUA